GCGAGCUCCUCUGCCUGCGCGAGGAAAAAAAAGUUGCGUCGCGUCACCUCGGAACAAUCACCAACCGAUUGGGUUCUCAACUCGCAUUAUGCUUUCCACCACUGCUUUUUAAUGACGAUGGAUCGCCGGCGACAAUCCAACCUAUGACCGAGGAGGACGAACUAGGCCGCCAUUGAUUGUACUCGCCAGCUACAGCCCGCCGUAGGGCCUGUUACGAACGUCUGCCUCCAGGCCUCAGCCCAACGACUUGCGACAACGGCGAUUUUGGCAACUGUGCGAGACCAACAGACUGCGGCCAACAUGGCUAUCGAGGAGACUGCGCCGGCGCUGCCGGUGAAGGAGCAAUUCGUCGACCAGCUGCCAAUGCGCUUCAAGGAGCUUAAAUUCGGAAUCCAAUCGAACCAAGAUAUAGUGAACCAGGGCGUUCUUGAGAUUUCCGAAAAACAGCUCUACGACAUUGAGAAUAAUCGAACGCCCUCCCGCCAUGGACCCCUCGAUCAUCGCCUGGGCACAUCGAGCAAAACGGCGGAAUGCCAAACAUGCGCUCAGCCCCUGCAGAACUGCAGUGGUCACUUUGGUCAUGUGCGGUUGCCCCUGCCGGCCUUCCAUAUCGGGUACCUCCGCUUCGUGCAGACGAUUCUGCAGAAUAUCUGCAAGGACUGCGCGCGUGUGCUCCUAACCGAACCUGAACGCCGAAAGUUUUUGACCGAACUGAGGCGGCCCGGGAUCGACAACCUCCGCCGCACAGGUAUCUGCAAGAAGAUCAACGAGCAAUGUCGCAAGGUCAAGAUAUGCCCUUACUGCGAUUCGGUCAACGGUACCAUCAGAAAGAUUGGUGUCCUGAAGCUGGCGCAUGACAAGUUCGUGGCCUUCAACAAGUCAAACUCGGCAAAGAAGAUUCCGCCUGAGAGCAAGAUCGUCUUCGACAAUUCUUUCCUCUACGCCAAGAAGGCAGUCCCGGACCUUGAGAAGCACCUGAGGAAGGCUAUGGAGGACCUGAACCCCCUCAAAGUCCUCACGCUCUUCAAGAUGAUCACCCCUACCGAUUGCGAACUUCUUGGGUUGGACCCAUCUGAAGGCAGACCCGAGAUGUUUCUCUGGCAGUAUUUGCCUGCCCCGCCCAUCUGCAUCCGCCCUUCGGUUGCCCAAGACAAUGCCAGCAAUGAAGACGAUAUCACGACCAAGCUAGCCGAAAUUGUCCACAUAGCAGGUCUCAUACGUGGUGCUCUUAGUAAGGGUCACACUAUACAGACCAUCAUGGAGCAGUGGGAGUUCCUGCAGCUGCAGAUAGCCAUGUAUGUCAAUAGCGAGGUGCCCGGGCUCGGACAGCCUGGAUUCGGCAAGAUGACUCGUGGUUUCUGCCAACGCCUAAAGGGAAAACAGGGCCGGUUUCGUGGUAACCUGUCGGGCAAGCGAGUAGACUUCUCGGGCCGAACCGUCAUCUCCCCUGACCCCAACCUUGGGAUUGACCAGGUCGCUAUCCCUAUCCUGGUAGCCAAGAACCUAACAUACCCCGAGCGCGUCCAGUUCCAGAACCUGGCCAAGCUUCAGCAGUGUGUCCGCAAUGGUCCGGCAACCUGGCCUGGAGCACAGGCGGUCAUCAAGCAAGACGGAGACGGUGACUACAAGAUGAACCUCAAGUUUGGCAACCGCGACGAUGUUGCUAACAACCUUAGGUUCGGGGACGUGGUCGAGCGGCACAUUGAGGACGGCGACAUCGUGCUCUUCAACCGGCAGCCGUCGCUCCACAAGCUCAGUAUCAUGAGCCACUUGGUCAAGGUCCGCCCGUGGAGGACUUUCCGCCUCAACGAGUGUGUCUGCACGCCAUACAACGCCGACUUUGACGGCGACGAGAUGAAUCUCCAUGUUCCCCAGACUGAGGAAGCCCGCGCCGAGGCUAUCAACCUCAUGGGUGUCAAGCACAACCUUGCCACACCCAAGAACGGCGAGCCCAUCAUUGCUGCUACACAGGACUUCAUCACGGCGGCGUAUCUCCUCAGCAGCAAAGACAACUUCUUCAGCCGCAAGGUUUUUACAUAUCUAUGCCAGCACAUGAUGGUGGAUGGAAAGGAGUACCUCGAACUCCCUCCGCCAGCCAUCCUCAAGCCAUGCGCGCUCUGGACUGGCAAGCAAAUCUUCAACGUCCUCAUGAGACCGAACAAGCAGUCGCCGGUCAAGGUGAAUCUGGACGCGAAGUGCCGUGAGUACAAGGUCCGGCCCGGCGAGGCACCAGACUUGUGCCCCAACGACGGCUGGCUCAUCAUCCGCAACUCCGAGAUAAUGUGUGGGGUGAUGGAUAAGUCAAUCGUGGGAGGCGGCAAGAAGGACUCUAUCUUCUAUGUUAUUCUUCGAGAUUUCGGACCUGACUACGCGGUUACUGCCAUGAACCGCCUGGCGAAGCUCUGCGCCCGAACGCUGGGGAAUCGCGGCUUUUCCAUCGGCGUUGGCGACGUCUUCCCGACGAUGGAGCUUCGCGUGGAAAAGGAUAAGCUUGUGGCGGAUGCGGACCGCAAGUGUGACGACCUGAUCGACACAUUCAAGGCUGGAAAGCUCCAGAAGGCCGCGGGUUGUGAUCUUGAGCAAACGCUGGAGAACUCCAUCUCGGGCAUUCUGAGUCGAGUGCGUCAGCAGGCCGGUGCCAAGUGUGUUGAGACGCUGAGCCGCAACAAUGCUCCUCUGAUCAUGGCCAAGUCUGGGUCCAAGGGGUCCGAAAUCAACGUUGCCCAGAUGGUUGCAGCCGUCGGACAGCAGAUUAUUGGAGGCCAGCGUGUCCCAGAUGGUUUCCAGGACCGAAGUUUGCCGCACUUCCACAAGAAUUCUCGCCAGCCCCCCUCCAAGGGCUUCGUGGCCAACAGUUUCUAUUCUGGUCUCCUUCCCACCGAGUUCCUGUUCCACGCCAUUUCGGGACGUGAAGGUCUCGUCGACACGGCUGUCAAGACGGCCGAGACAGGCUACAUGUCGCGGCGUUUGAUGAAGUCGCUCGAGGACCUCUCGACCCAGUACGACGACACGGUCCGCACUUCAGGCGGAGGCAUCGUCCAGUUCCAGUUCGGCGCCGACAAGCUGGACCCUGUCGACAUGGAGGGAACUGCGGUGCCUGUGCAUUUCGACCGGACAUGGACCCACUCAGAAGCCUUGACCUGGGACAACGCUGAGAGGUCACUUCUGCCCUGGGAGAUCUUGCAGUUAUGCGACCAAGUGAUCGAAACACAGCGGCAGCGGUACGGCCGGUAUGACCUUGUCAACAAGAGCCCAUUACCCUACGAUGACCAGAGGGAUCGCAGCAUCGACGAGCACGAGAGCGCGCGGAACUUCUGGAAAAGUGUCUAUGGCUACAUACAGGGCCGCGCAGACAGGCUGGAGGCGAUCCGAAGGCAGAUCGGCCUGUCUCCCGGAGGUAGCGAUGACAGAGGUGCAGACGACUCGAUCGCGGAUCCAGCAAGGGUCGCGCAGGUCAACCGGGUUGCCAAGGUGUCACAGACCACGCUCCUCAAGUUUCUCAACCUCUGUCAGGAGAAACACGAGAGGGCAAAGGUCGAGCCGGGUCACGCCGUGGGUGCUGUCGGCGCGCAGUCCAUCGGUGAGCCCGGCACGCAGAUGACGCUGAAGACUUUCCAUUUCGCCGGUGUCGCCGGUAUGAGUAUCACGCAAGGUGUGCCUCGUAUCAAGGAGAUCAUCAACGCCUCCAAGUCGAUCAGCACUCCAGUUAUCACCUGCCCGUUGAUGAACAACAAGCAGAUCGAAGCCGCCCGCGUGGUCAAGGGAAGGAUCGAAAAGACAUACAUUUCCGACGUCCUCCGAUUCAUUGAGGACGAAUGGAAGGCCGAUGCCGGCUCCGUGGUGCUCCAGUUCGACAUGGCCGUGCUGCAAGACAUGCAUCUUGGCAUUGGCAUGGCGGACAUAGCCGAGUCGAUCUGCAAGCACAAGAAGCUCAAGCUCGAGCCUGACGAUCUCAGGCUCGGCAGCAGCAGUAUAGAGAUUGUCGUGAGAAAUACCUGGGUGGACGUGGCGGCUGCCAAGAAGGCGGCGAGGAGCCGCAGCGCCGCCAUGGAGGAGAGUCCAGACCUACUGCUUCGUGUUAACCAUCUCCGUCGCAUGCUCCCAACGGUUCCCAUUUCUGGGUACCCAGAGGCGUCCCGAGCCAUCAUCCAAACGUCAGAGAAAAGCGAGCACACGGUGCUGGUAGAGGGCUACGGUCUGCGCGCCUGCAUGACGACCGAGGGUGUCAUUGGCACCAAGACCAAGUCGAACAACGUCAUGGAGAACCGCGAUGUUUUGGGAAUCGAGGCGGCGCGGACCACUAUCGCGACUGAAAUAGAGGCCGUCAUGGGAGACAUGGGCAUCGACCCGCGGCACAUGCAGCUGCUCGCCGACGUCAUGACGUACAAGGGCGACGUUCUGGGCAUCACGCGAUUCGGGCUUUCCAAGAUGCGCGACAGCGUGCUACAGCUGGCGUCGUUUGAGAAGACGCCCGAUCAUCUGUUCGCCGCAGCCGCCGGCAUGAAGACGGACCGCAUCGAGGGCGUCAGCGAGUGCAUCAUCAUGGGCCAGACCAUGUCGGUCGGUACCGGCGCCUGCCAGAUCGUGCGCGCUCUCAACCUGAGACCUGACGACUGCCGCCCUCGCCCCACCCCGUUCGAGGAUGCGUGGAAUGAGAGCAUCACAGGCCGCAAGAUUAAGCGCUGAUAUAGGGCUGGGGCGAGCAUUGACUCGGGUAACCUCUUUUUGUGGAUGCGGUGGUGGCAAGGGUCUCAGCUGGAGGAGGAUAUAGACUUUGAUUUGGGCCUUUCUGUUCACGGAAGCUUUUGUCACGGGAGACAGGUCAAUACGAGGAUGGGGAUACGAUGAUUCGAGCGCUAAUAUCUGCGCAAGUAGAAUCCAUGCUUUUUUUUGAGGCUGAUCAAAAGUCGUCGACAUAGCCUUUUUUUCUCUAAAAUCAUGUUCUGUGCCAGUGUCUCGCGGGCCCCAGGAACGCUCGAGUUUCAUCAUGGCUAUCAUGCCCUAUUUUGUGGGAAAGAAUUUGGUGAUCUUCUGCGUCCCGGCGGAUGCUUUCUGCUUGGAUUUGUUUGGGCUCUUGGCGGGAUUCUUUGUCGCACUGAUGGUCCGGCUUGGCGCUGGGGCGGGCUUCUUCUUCAACGGCAGCUGCUGUUCACUGUUAAUGGGGCCCAGCUCGGCCGGGCGCUUGGGAGCUGACGGUUCGGCUACGCCCACUCCCGAAGGCUUCGUAUCCCUGGAUCGAGCCCCCUGAUCCGCCGGCGACGCACCGCCGCAGCCCUGCUCCGGCUCCGGCUGCGGCUGCGGUUGCGGUUGCGGUUGCGGUUGCGGCAGUUGCCUCUUCUCCUUGGCAGGGGAGGAGGACGCGGAGGCGAAGAAGUUUGCAAUGUUGGACUUGUUCUCCCUACUCGCUAUUGGGACGAUGAAGGAAGGCGAGCUGCGGCCGGCCUUGUUGACGUCCUUGCUCACGGCGUAGACGUCGAGCUCGCCGCCGAAGGGGCGCAGGAGGGCCUGCAGCUCGCCGGACCACUCGGAGCGGCCCGGGUCCAGCCACGCG